UGGGGAGUCUGCUGAGGAAAGAGAAUAAGAAGCACACGGCGGAGACCAGAGAUUAUAGGUUAUUCCAUGAGGAACUGGUUCCUUCUUUAAUUCUUCUGAAGUUACAUGUGGCCCAAGAAUGACAUCAACACGACGCCCUGUCAACAAUCAGCAAGGAAGUCAGGAAAUCGAAAGUGUGAAGGAAUCCAUCAAUGACAUAAUAAAUCAACUACAGGAUAUUGAUCCUUCACGUCUCUCAUUCUCUCCAUUCCUCGACUUGGAUACCCAGAUUUCUUUGGCUCCUGUGUCUGACAGCCCAGAGUCUUCUGUGGAAGAGCUCCAUUCUCCCACUCAUUCCAUACCUGGCUCUCAAUUGUGUCUCCAAACUCAGGCUGCCGAGGACCAUAAUGGACCAACUUGCUUCAAUGAACACCAGAAACCAUAUAAUCACCUAGAGGAAACCUCAGACGAUCCUAUCACCAUGAACCUAGUCCCUACAUACCCUGCUGAAAGCACUCCUGAAAGGUUCCACAUCCAAUCACCUCCUCAUGGACCAAACGGUCUACCUAGUGGGGGAGAUGAACAGUGGAGUCCAUCAGGAUCGAAUCAGCUAGAGUCAACGAUAGGAGAAAGCCAUCCCCUCAUCCGAGCACCACCAGAAACCAUUGAACUGGGCCUUUGGACUGCACCUGACCAGGAUCACUGUGACGGGGGGUUGGCUCUUUCGGAGCACAAGAGUGGCUGCUGCUGCUGCAGCGGAUGCUGCAAAAGUGGACGGGUUCCAGCUCUCUGCUCAACUGUUGCCUGCCUUCUGUGCCUGCCAGGGAUUCUGUACGCGCUAUAUUUAUACGCCCCUGUAGAAGCACCUCUGUGCCCUGACACAACCAGCCGUCUGGUCUUCACUCUCAGCUGCUGUGCAGUUGCUGCUGUUCCUAUCUUGAUUGCGAUGCUGACCGCCGGGGUAUGCCGGUUCUGCUCUGGUUCCUUGAGGCCUGUGGUGGAACAGCCCAGUUCUGCGGCUCUCGUGCAGGUCUUCGUGGUGGGCUCUGUGGUACAGCUGUUCCUCUACAUCCUCAACCUGCUCAUCCUGGCCACCUUUUUGCCUCAGAACCAGCUGAGGGUGAUUCCAAUCCUAGCAGGAGUCUUCAUCGGAGGAAGGAUCAUCUACUGGCUGUUACUUCACACCUGCAGCUCCUGGAGAGCAUUUGGAUCAGGACUCACCGUCUUCCCUCUCCUCGCCGUGUUGGCUUUCAACAUCUAUUGUCUGUUUGACCUCGGCUCAAGGGACCUUUUCUUUGGGUCACAGGAUGUGUAUGCUAACGAUACAAGUCCCUCAGCCUGGCCCCAAAACAUCUCCAUGAGUCUUGGUGACACAUAAGACACUACAGGACUCCCGGAGAGAGCGGGGAGCUCUCAGAGCGUAUGGGGGAUGCUGCUGAACUCUGCUCCGUGAUGGGGGGAAAAAGCUUGCUCCAAAUAUAUCCCAUUCCUGUGGUUCACGAUUCGGGUUAGCUUCAAGCUGCGCCAGUAAAAGCGAGCUCCAAGCCAGUAAAUCCUUAAAUUGUGUUUCGCUGCUCUUGUGCAGGACUGUUAAUUUCAGUGUAUGUUUAUUGUGGAUGCCUAUGUAGCCAGUGCAGCUAGGAACAUUUCUCUCAGUGUUUGUGGAAGGAGUGCUUUGAAGGAUAUUCUGAUGGUUUCUUUGCGUGUCUUAUGUGUUUUAUGCCCUUGCCUAUUUUUAAUACCCUUUGACUUGCUGUACUGCAAUUGAAUGAAUAUGUUCCCUAACCCUCUAAAUUUACACGCAAAAGACUUAAUUUAACAAAAAAUGAAAAUAAACACGUACAAACUAUUGUUUAAAAACCUUGUUGCAG